AUACUAGAUCGUAAGAUGAAACAAAUCUGUGGAGGCUCCCUGAUUUCACCCCUGGAAGUCUUGACAGCGGCUCAUUGCCUCGAUGACGAGAAAGUAUCACACUUAAGUGUAAUAGCCGGAAGCCUCACUUCACGAUUGCCGUACUCAGCAACGCAUCAAAUCAGAAAGAUAGCAAAGACAUUUGUACACGAGCAUUAUGACGAGAAAAAGUACGAUUUUGAUAUCGCCAUCUUAAGACUAAACAGUUCCUUCAACAUACAGGCAUCUAAUGGUUCAAUAAAAACGAUUGACUUGCCUGAGGAAUAUUACACGGUUAGAGGAUUCGUUAUCAUUUGCGGAUAUGGAGCGAAGAGACCAGGUGGCUCGUCAAGAAAUACGCUUUAUACGAUUGUGAUGAAAGUGUUAUCUGAUGAGAAUUGUUAUUCUUGGUUCGAAGAGGUGUAUCGAAAUGAGAAGAUUAAAAAUGACUAUAUGAACAGUACCAUGUUUUGUGCAAUCUCAGAUGAUAAAUCGGAUUCUUGUGAGAACGACUCGGGUGGUCCUGUCGUGCAGUACAAGAGAGGGAAUUAUGUGCUGGUUGGCAUCAUUGCUUGGGGAGUGGAAUGCACUAACCGCAAGUACCCUGGAGUGUACAUGGAAGUGUCUUCGUUUCUCCCUUGGAUAGCGGAUCACUCGACCGUUCAAAUAUGAUGUACAGGCCAUGCACCACGCCGGA